AUGGUUGUCUAUGUUGAUGACAUAUUGCUAGCUGGGGAUGAUGUUGCUGAGUUAGACUCCUUGAAGUUAUUUCUGGACAACCAGUUUAAAAUCAAGGAUUUAGGCACAAUUUAUUACUUUCUUGGGUUGGAAAUCUCCUCUCACUCUCAGGGCUAUCUUAUGACUCAAUCCAAAUACACCACUGAUCUCCUAGAUGAGUUCAAGUGCCAAUAUUUUUCUCAUAUUUUCACACCUCUGGAUCCUUCUGUCAAGCUUCAUUUAGAUAUGGGGGAGCCUAUUUAUGAUCCUAGUUCCCCACAUGUUAGUUGUACUUCAUAUUUUGAGAAUUCUAUCAGUGGUUAUUAUAUCAUUCUUGGUGGAAGUACUAUUUCUUGGAAGAGCAAGAAACAACCUACUAUAGCCUUGUCUUCAGCCGAAGCUGAAUAUAGAGCUCUGAGGAAAGUUGCUGCUGAAAUAGCUUGGUUGACUAGAUUACUUGGUGACCUUGGCUUGCCAAUCUCUAAUCUUUUUCCCGUAUAUUGUGAUAGUCAGACUACUCUGCAUAUAGCCAAGAAUCCUGUCUUUCACCAGCGCACACAGCAUAUUGAGAUUGAUUGUCAUUAUGUGCGUGAAUGCCUACAUGUUGGACUUAUUUUUUUACACUUUGUUUCCAGCGCAGAUCAAUUGGCUGAUAUUAUGACCAAGGUUGUCUACUCAACUGCAUUAUGGUGCGAGACACCUUAUGCUUCUGCGCCUUCUUCCGCUCUUGCGAAGCUCCGCACCUGCGGUCCCUCACCUGGCCGGCCUGCGCCGCAUCUGCGACUCCAAAUGUCGCUUUUGCGCCCUCCGCACCUGCGGCCAAAACCUCGUAGGUGA